AUGACGACUGUGAAUGAUGGGUUCAAAGUACGCGUGGGUCAUAUUGGCUCAAUCAAGUCGAUGCCAAACAGCGAAAAAGUCCUCGAAAUAUCGCGUAAAGAGCUUCUGAGUGAUGGCAUUCUUGAUGAUGACUUCGAUAUUGAGUUCGAAUUUAUUCAAUUAGUGCUUGAUCACUUCAGGCUUAUAACAAAAAUGGGUUGCGGCGAAUCUUUCGAAGGGGUCGCUGUUGCGACCGAUAUGUUUCAUUUGCAACAAGUGAAAGCAUUCAUUGGACCGUAUUGUAAUUCAGGUCAGUAUAUAAUGAGUCCGUUGAGGUCAGCCUUUUCAAAUAGUCCAAGUUCAGUUCAAAUAGUUCAGUUCAAAUUCAGUUCAAAUUUUCAGUUCAGUUCAGUUCAGUUCAAAUCCAAGUUCAGUUCAAAUUUUCAAAUAGUUCGACGAGAACAUCAUCGUGGACAUAAGGGGAGACCCAUUCAUCAAACGGACCCAUCUCAACUUAUUGAUCGGAAAUGA